AUGGGGAAUUGCUGUGCCGCACCUGUGGAUCCGGAGAGGAAGGCGAGGAAGGGCAAGAAGCCGAACCCUUUCUCCGUGGAAUACAAUAAGGAGCCUGCGCCGAAGCUGACGGUGCUCAAGGAUCCCACUGGCCAGGAUAUCGAGGCGAGGUACCAGCUCGGGCUUGAGUUGGGGCGCGGCGAGUUUGGCAUCACGUAUCUCUGCACCGAUAGGAGCAGUGGUGAGUCCUUGGCGUGCAAAUCCAUCUCUAAGAAGAAGCUGAGGACGGCUGUUGACAUUGAGGAUGUUCGCCGGGAGGUUGACAUCAUGCGGCACUUGCCGGCGCAUCCAAAUAUCGUCCGGUUAAAGGAUACUUAUGAGGAUGAUAACGCCGUGCAUUUGGUCAUGGAGUUGUGUGAGGGCGGCGAGCUUUUUGAUCGGAUUGUUGCCCGGGGCCACUACACUGAACGUGCUGCUGCCAUCGUCACCAAGACCAUCGUUGAGGUUGUUCAGAAUUGCCACAAGCAUGGAGUGAUGCAUCGGGACCUCAAACCUGAGAACUUCUUGUUUGCAAACAAGAAGGAAACUGCUGCGCUCAAGGCUAUUGAUUUUGGUUUGUCUGUGUUUUUCAAACCUGGUGAGCGCUUCACUGAGAUUGUUGGUAGUCCUUAUUACAUGGCACCAGAGGUUCUUAAACGAAAUUAUGGCCCAGAAGUCGAUGUAUGGAGUGCUGGAGUUAUCUUGUACAUUCUACUAUGCGGUGUUCCGCCAUUUUGGGCAGAGACUGAACAGGGAGUUGCGCAAGCAAUUAUUCGCUCUGUUAUAGAUUUCAAAAGAGAUCCAUGGCCUAAAGUGUCUGAUAAUGCUAAGGACCUUGUUAAAAGAAUGCUUGAUCCAGAUCCCAAACGAAGGUUAACUGCUCAAGAAGUACUUGAUCAUCCUUGGUUGCAAAAUGCUAAAAAGGCUCCAAAUGUUUCUCUUGGUGAGACUGUUAAAGCGAGACUGCAGCAAUUCUCUGUUAUGAAUAAGUUCAAAAAACGAGCUCUCAGGGUGGUUGCUGAGCAUUUAUCUGCGGAAGAAGCGGCAGGUAUAAAGGAAAUGUUUCAGUCAAUGGACAUAAACAACACCGGAAGGCUAACGCUCGAAGAGUUGAAAUAUGGUUUGCAUAAGCUUGGGCACCAGAUUGCAGAUGCCGAUGCUAAGAUAUUAAUGGACGCUGCUGAUGUUGAUGGCAAUGGGACAUUGGACUACGGAGAAUUUGUCGCCGUAUCAAUUCAUCUUAGAAAGAUAGGGAAUGACGAGCACCUACACAAAGCUUUUUCAUACUUUGACCGGGACAAGAGUGGGUACAUCGAAAUUGAAGAGCUUAGGGAAUGUUUAGCUGAUGAUCUGGAAGCUAAUCAUGAGGAAGUCAUCAACGCCAUUAUCCGUGAUGUUGAUACCGACAAGGACGGAAAAAUCAGUUACGAUGAGUUUGCAGCAAUGAUGAAGGCAGGAACAGAUUGGCGAAAGGCUUCGAGACAGUACUCUCGCGAACGGUUCAACAACCUCAGCUUGAAGCUGAUGAAGGACGGAUCGUUGCAGCUACAGAAUGAAGGCAGAUGAGAAGACAAACCAAUGCCGGUUAUUUUUCCUUUCGUUUUGGUUUAUUCUUUCGGAAGUGUCUCAAUUCUUUCCUGCUCGCUUCGGUUUUCAUGUUCCGUCGAUCAGCUCAUGUCGUAUAAUGAGAAAAAGAGAAGGCGAUGGAUUGCUGUCAAGCUUUUGGCUGUAUAUAUUCGAUGUCGGCUUAGUGUUAGAAGAAACCUUGCCGGAAGUUAUCAUUUGUUUGUUGUUGAAAGUCUCAUUUGUAGUACUUGUUUGCUUUGAAGCAAUAUAUGUUCAUAGGUUUGAUUGCCUUUCACCAUCAAAACUGUGCUGGUGUGAACA